AUGGCGGGAAUGGAGAACAUCGAGGUGCAUAGCAAGUCGUACCUUGUAAGAUGGGUCAAUGUCUCGUCAGGCCACACCAUCUCCUGGAGCGUCCAACCCCACAAGAAGUCGCUCAACUUCGGCAUCUUCAAGCACCCCGGAACAGCUACCGGCGCAACUCCCCAGCUGCCCACGUCUGCGCUCGUCGAAUCCGGACCCGGCACGCCUACCCUCGAGCCACCUACAACACGCGGACGCGGAGCUUCGACGUCGCGGAAUGACAGAACAGUCGUACUAGACAAGCUGGCGGCUAUUGGGCUGCGGCAAGUGCAUUGGCAUGGGAAAUGCGAGGCGGAUCUGGUAUCCAUGGGCACAUACGACGUACCGCCAGGCGAGGGUGGCAUGUACGGACUGGUCUUUGACAACACCUUCUCCAAGACCGUGUCAAAAACAGCCACCUUCGUCCUCAUGACAUAUCCGACCAACGCGGCGCCCAAGUCUGGCCAUCACAUGCACUACGCGCAGGCCAUGGCAGGCGCGAGCACCACGAGCCUCCCGAAAUCGAGCCCCUCCAUGGGCCCCAUCGAAUCCUCCGAAUCCCUACCACAAACCUACGCCGAGCGACCGAAAUCACAAUAUGGGCAGAAACAAGGGAGCCUUUCCGGCUCCUCAUUCCUGACAGGAGUACUGCAGAAGAAGAGGAGAAAGAGGAAUCAGGGCUAUGCCAGGAGAUUCUUCUCCUUGGACUUCACGUCCUCAACGCUCUCCUACUACCGGAACGACCAUUCAUCCGCACUGCGAGGAGCCAUACCUUUGUCACUAGCGGCUGUGGGCGCGAACGAGGAGACACGCGAGAUAUCCGUCGAUUCUGGCGCUGAGAUCUGGCAGCUGCGAGCAAACAAUGAGAAGGACUUUCAGAUGUGGAAGAACGCCCUCGAUCGCGCCUCAAGAACCGCUUCGGAUAGAGGGGCGGUUGCUUCACCAACUCUGCAAAUCCAGGACAGCCCAUACCAGAGCCUCCCACACGUUCUGAAUUCAGCCGAAGAGAACGAAUGGGCAAGAGUCGAGGCCCUGGUUGGCAGAGUCUCAGGUACACGGGAUGCAGUACGGAGGUUAGCUCAGGAUACCGAUCCAAAGUACAACGCAUCGUCUGCGAUGAGCGUUAGAAACAUGGGCGAUAGUCUCUCCCCAACGCCGUCCAACGACGAGGCGGGUGACUACUUCCCAGAACAAAAGGCCCCUGAGAAGAUGGCUUUCUGGAAGCGCAAGCCGAGCAGUUCCGGCACUCAGAGUCCAUCCGGCGGCAUUUUCAGCAAGAGGAGUGUGUCAGCGCAAGUAGGAGUUGCGUCGCCUGGAGCCGUCCCUCCUGGUGCCUCCAAUGCGGCCGGUAAUGGCACCCUUGCCGUACCCAAACGCAAUGGACGCGCGAGCACCAUGAUGAGCUCCGCAAGCAUUCCACAUGAGGAAAGCGUUCACGACAACUGCAUGGCUCUACUUCGAGACCUAGACUCUGUUGUCAGGGACUUCGCUGACCUGAUUAGCGAGAGCAAACAAAGACGAAUGCCCCCGGCUGCACCUCUUUCUGCCGUAGGAUCACGGCACAGCUUCGACUCAGUGGCCGAGUCUGUAGAUGAGUUCUUCGACGCGCCAGAUGGCGACGCAAGCAAGUCACAGCUUCUGACCAUCCGGCGCGACAGUCAAGAGGACAGCCGCGAACGUGAGCAGUCACCAGAUGCCGAUUCAGAUGGCGAGUCGGAGUCUUCCUCAGAGAAUGGCAGUGUGGGAAUGUUGGACCGACCUCGCAUGUCGCGGGAAACCACUCCAGCACUCUUCCCUACACGUCCCAAGUCGCUCACACCUCUGCCACUUGACCCUGUGAAACGUCGGGGCACAGUCCCAGCCCCCAAGGUUCAGCCUCCAAGUCUCAUCGCAUUCUUCAGAAAGAAUGUCGGCAAAGACUUGUCAACCAUUGCCAUGCCGGUAUCAGCUAACGAGCCCACAUCCGCGCUGCAACGAUUGGCAGAACAGCUAGAAUACAGCGAGCUGCUCGACGCCGCAGUGACUGCCACUCCAGACAACGGCGAGCGCCUCGCCUACAUGGCCGCCUUCGCCAUCUCCGCCUUCAGCAACGCCCGCGUCAAAGACCGCGCCAUCCGCAAGCCCUUCAACCCCAUGCUAGGCGAAACCUACGAGCUCGUCCGCGAAGACAAAGGCUUCCGCUUCUUCGCCGAGAAGGUCGUCCACCGCCCCGUCCGCAUGGCCUGCCAAGCCGAAGCCAACGAAUGGACCUUUGUACAAUCCCCCACGCCCAUGCAAAAGUUCUGGGGCAAGAGCGCAGAAAUCAACACCGAAGGCCGCGUCCGCAUCUUCCUCCACGCCUCAGGCGAACACUACUCCUGGACGCUCGCCACAUCCUACCUACGCAACGUCAUCGCCGGCGAAAAGUACCUCGAGCCCUCUGGCACCAUGACCAUCAUCUCUGAAACCACAGGCGCAAAGGCCGUCUGCACAUUCAAAGCCGGCGGCAUGUUCGCCGGCCGCUCAGAAGAAGUCUCCGUCCAAGUUUUUGACGCUUCAGGUUCCGUGCUGCCCAUAGGUCUAACAGGGAAAUGGACGUCAGACCUCCAACUCACGUCCUCGGGCCAACCCACCGGAAAAACAAUCUGGAAAACGGGUGAUCUGGUUGAUAAAGCAGAGAAACACUACGGUCUUACCACUUUCGCUGCUGCACUCAACCAAGUCACAUCCAUAGAGCAAGACCACAUGGCGCCCACUGAUUCCCGUUUGCGACCUGAUCAGCGCGCGUUGGAAGACGGGGAUGUGGAUAAAGCAGAGGCGCUGAAGGCGAAGUUGGAAGAGAGGCAGCGGAGUCGCCGCCGUGUGCUCGAGGAACAUGGCCAGGAGUGGCAGCCUAGGUGGUUUACCAAGGUGGGGCCUGUGGAGGCGGCGGCGUUGGGCGAUGAGGAGGUUUGGAGGCUCAAGGGCGGGAAGGACGGGUAUUGGGAUUGUAGAGAGCGCGGCGAUUUUGGGGAUGUGGAACAGGUUUUUGAGACGUAG